AAAUUUACUAAGAAUCCCUCUGGUUCUAGGCAACUAAAGAAACCACACAGAAUGGAGCUCUGGAACUCCACCUUGGGAAGGGGCUUCAUCUUGGUGGGGAUUCUGAAUGACAGCGGUUCUCCUGAACUGCUCUGUGCUGCACUUGCAGUCCUGUACACGUUGGCCCUGACCAGCAAUGGCCUGCUGCUCCUGGUCAUCACAAUGGACACCCGGCUCCAUGUGCCCAUGUACCUCCUGCUUGGGCAGCUCUCUCUCAUGGACCUCCUCUUCACAUCUGUUGUCACUCCCAAGACUCUCACUGAUUUUCUGUGCAGAGAAAACAUCAUCAGCUUUGAAGGCUGUGCCCUUCAGAUGUUCCUGGCACUGACACUGGGUGGUGCAGAGGACCUCCUACUGGCCUUCAUGGCCUAUGACAGAUAUGUGGCCAUUUGUCAUCCUCUGAACUACAUGUUCCUCAUGAGGCCAAGGGUCUGCUGGCUCAUGGUGGCCACAUCUUGGAUCCUGGCAUCUCUGAGUGCUCUAGGACAUACCAUGUACACCAUGCACUUCCCUUUCUGCAUGUCCUGGGAAAUCAGGCACCUGCUGUGUGAGAUCCCAUCCGUGCUGAAGUUGGCCUGUGCUGAUACCUCCAGAUAUGAGCUCAUGGUGUAUGUGACAGGUGUGACUUUCCUCUUGCUCCCCCUUUCUGCCAUUGUUUCCUCCUACACACUAAUCCUAGUCACUGUGCUCCAUAUGCCCUCCAAUGAGGGGAGGAAGAAAGCCCUUAUCACCUGCUCUUCCCACCUAACUGUGGUGGGGAUGUUCUAUGGAGCAGCCACAUUCAUGUAUGUCCUGCCCAGUUCCUUCCACAGCCCCAAACAAGACAACAUCAUCUCUGUUUUCUACACAAUUGUCACUCCAGCCCUGAAUCCCCUCAUCUACAGCCUGAGGAAUAAGGAGGUCAUGGGGGCCUUGAGAAGAGUCCUGGGAAAGCACAUAUCACCAACACGAUCCACCCUCUAGGGAGGACUCA